AACCAAUUCUCUCACCUUCAAGGACACCAAGAGAGAGCGAGAGAUCCACGCAGCAACAGUGGAAAUCUCUCCUGGAAAUAAUCAUGGACUCACUUGACAAUAUUUCCGGCGUGGUGAAGGAUUUGCACAGCGACCUCGCUCGGAAAUACCGGACGCACGGCGCCACGAUCGAGGACAUAUGGCGGUCAUUUGACAAGAAUCAACGAGCGAGAUGUCUGAGGGCUGGCGCAGCAGACGGAGUUGUACUGAAGCAUCCCCUGGAUACGUCCCUUGGAAACGUGUACAAAAUCGCCCCAGAGUGGAACCUGCGCGACAUCACGGAGCCGGAGUCAGACUUCCUCUUGCAUCUUCUCAAACAUCGCGCCACCAAGUCGCUCUACGAUCAGUACUUCACCGGCACCAAUGGUAGUCCAGGAGAUCAUGAAUUCAUCUACGAGAUGAUGCGCACAAAACAUCUCCGCCACGUCGAAUCUUUCAAGGACUGCUACACCUUUUUCCUGGAUGGCGAGGAGUACGGCAAGUCCUACAGAGUUCUGGCCGAGCACACCGAGACCCUCAACGAUUUUGCACCUGCCAUUCGAGCUGGCCUUUGCAUCCCGCAGUCGACUGGAGAGUUGGUCCUUCAGAGGCAAGUCGCCUUGUUGCAGUCCCUCAACAUCAUCAUCGAGGAUAUUCUGGACGAGGGUUCGAAAAGCCGGAAUCGAAAAGAGCGACAGAAGAAAUCCGACCAGGCGGCUGUAGCUGCGCUUUCCAAGCUAAGCAUCGCCCAAGCUCCGCCAGCCAAGCUUUCUCUUCCGGAUCUGGUCGCCAGCGCCAGCGAUCAAAAGGCCUCGCUCAAAGGGUAUCUUGGGUUACUCUCGACGGAACCUGCUGUUCUUGCUCACGCCGUCAACAUCUGCUUCUUCAGCCGGCCAGAGCUUGUCGCGGACGAGAAAGGCCGUGUAUUGCCCGUCCACACCGACAAAUACAUCAGCGCCGCCCUUUUCGAAGCAAUCCACGGCGCGGUUAAGGGCGCCACCAUCUGGAGCUACACGAGUCGUCUUCUCAACCUCCUCGAACGUUCGGGCACCUCCGAUAAGGUGUACCGGGCCAUUCUUCUUCAGGAGAUAUCCAACAUCUGUCACCUGGAAUACGGCCGUGCCCAAGCCAUCUUCAAGCGCCAUGUCCAGACAGGCACAGGCUCCAAGUGGUUCAAACGAGUAUCCAACGUAUACGACAACGCCGGCAAUGCACGGGUGGCCAUGAAGGGCAACCCGGACGAUUUAACCAGAACCAAUCCUCAACUCCAUUACAUGCUGCGUCUCUGCCAGCCCGAGACCACCGCUCCCAAGGCCGUCGACUGGAUCACGAAGCUGGGCAACCUUCAUCAAGCUCACCCCAUGGAACGGGACAAGUUGGAGGAGAGAGAGGUCGACUCCCUGUGUGACCUGGCUGUCAUCAUUGGAUUCGUCAAGGACCUGUCUCCGGCGAUUUCAAUGCCCUCUCUCUCCCACAAGAAGGGGCAAGUGUUCGUCGCUAGAUACCGGGAGCUGGAGGCCGAGUUGAACCAGCUCAAAGACCAGGUCGACCUGCGCGAUUUUGCCGUUCCUAUCGACAAUCUCCUGGAGCCUGGAAUGUCCGACGGCGCAUUGAAUGUUCUCAACCAAUUCAUCAUCGAGAAAUCCGGCACAAUGAUGGGGUUCAUGUAUGAGGACCUGGUCGAAGAUUGUCUCUCCGAACUCCAAAAUCAAUAUCAGCAAGCCAAGGCGAAGUUGGAGCAGAAAGACAAAACACCACCACCAUUCCCAGCACCGACCUUUUCGCAACCGCCGCCAGCCGAGCGAGUCGAGGAGCGGAGACAGAAGGAGAAGACCCGUCCACCACAUUCGUCAGCCUACGAGAUUGCGCCGCGCGCCGAAAAAGAAGCUCCCGCCCCGUCGCCGCCGUCCCAGACUUUCAAGGUCAGCUCGUCGACAGCCGAGGUCUUCUCGACGCUGUUCAACAAGUCGCAGUCGCGGGGCUCGGUAUCCUGGGCGGCCUUCGAAGCAGCCAUGGCAGACCUGGGGUUCUCUGUCGUGCCAAAGUUCGGUUCCGUGUACACUUUCCUCCCUCCCGAUACCGUGGCGGUGAAGAAGUCGUUGACGCUACACCGGCCGCAUAAGUCGCGGAUCGAAGGAUACACCCUUCCUAUAUUUGCUCAGCGGUUGAAUAGGGUGUAUGGGUGGGACGAAGGGACGUUUGAGGUUGCUUAAGGCUCUCUGUUAGAUGAGACGAAUCUAGACGACCGCAGCCUAGCCUGGCCCACGUGAUGCGUCGCCGCUUUUGCUUUUGCUUGUUCAGGCGCUGCUUACCUUUGCUCACCCUGUCCACCCUUUUGGGUCAGGGGUGUUACCACUGCAGACUAGGAAUUGCUUCAAGUCUAGCCAAGGAGAGAAGAAGUGGGUGCAAAACCAGUCCCUGCAAGGUGGCCCAAAAUAAGUUCCUGUCUAGACUUAAUAAAAGGCACGUGGCACUGCCUUGGCUUUGCACGCACGUCCUCUCUCCCUCGUUCCAUCUGGUCGCUGCUAGAGAUUCAAGCAUACCAUCUCCCUCCUUGCCCCCUUCCUUUUCCUCCCUACUCUUCAUCCACUCCUCAUCCACUCCUACCUCAUACAUACAU